UUUAAUGGCAAGACGGCAACCUAACAGUUCAGAUUGGAACAAGACCAUUUCCAACAGCCCUGAAGCAUUCUCCGAAAACCGCCAUGGAAGUUCUCAAACUUCUUGUUCUUUCGCUGUUUGCAGCCACGGUUGGUCGGAGUCAAGCAGGGUUAAUAGGGCUACAAAGCCUAAGGCCGGGGAGCUCUUUGACAGUUGAGGAAGAAGGUGACUUCUUGGUUUCGCCCAACGGAACUUUCUCUGCUGGAUUUUACCGCGUUGGCAGCAAUGCAUCUUGUUAUUCAAUAUGGUUCACAAAGUCAGCCGAUAAAACAGUGGUUUGGAUCCAAGCUAACCUUCCACAGAAAUGGCAACCUGGUCUUAACUGAUGGGGUUGGAUCGAUUAUAUGGUCAACCAACACUUUCUCCAACACGGGCUUGGAAGCACGGCUUCUUGAGACCGGAAACUUGGUGCUGCUCAACCAAGAAAAGAAGGUCAUCUGGCAGAGUUUUGAUUUUCCCACGGAUACACUUCUACCGUCACAGAAAUUUGUCAAGAACACAACCUUGGUGUCUAUGAGAAGUCAAGGUACAUACUUAUCUGGAUUUUACAACUUCAAAUUUGACGAUAAUAAUGUACUAUAUCUCGUAUACAAUGGCGCUCUACUUUCAAGUGUUUAUUGGCCAACGACGGACCGUAACUGUUUUCGAGAGUGGUAGAACACCUUACAAUAGUUCUAGACUAGCAAUUCUGGAUGAGGCCGGACAAUUUAUAUCGAGUGACAAUUUGAUGUUCAAUGCAUCUGAUUACGGGGUUGGUCCAAAACGCCGUUUAACAAUGGAUUAUGAUGGCAUCUUAAGGUUGUACAGUCUAAAUGAGUCAUCCGGGUUUUGGGAACUGUCAUGGUUGCCUGAUGGUGUCGAUGCGUGCUUGGUUCACGGCUUGUGUGGUGAAUACGGUGUUUGCACUUACAAACCACAACCUACUUGUGCUUGCCCUCAUGGUUUCACCAGAAACGAUCCUUCAGAUGGGUCGAAAGGCUGCUCGCCAGUGUUCAAUUUGAGCCAUGAUUCGAUCAAUUCAGAAUUCAUGGAGCUUCCCAACACAGAUUACUAUGGAUAUGACUUGGAAACUUAUUCUCCUAAAGUUUCUUUUCAAGAAUGCCAGAAAUCGUGCCAAAACGAUACAAGAUGUAAAGGGUUCGGAUAUACUCUGGAUGGACUUGGACAUUGUUUCCCUAAAAGUUUACUCCUUAACGGAUUUAGUAUGCCAAACACUCUCCAAAUCAUGCACAUGAAAAUUCCGAAAGGCUUUCUGAGCAAUGAAGUCCUAAACGGGCCAGUAACAUACGAUUUGAACUGUUCAGCGGCACAAGUUGUUCUCCAAAGUAGUGAUGUUGAAGUGGAAAAGGGCAAUAAAAAUCGGUACAUGGAUUACCUGAUUGGUUUUGUGAGCUCAUUUGCGGUAAUUGAAGCAAUCUGCAUUGGCUUGACAUGGUGGUACAUCUUCCGAAAGCAGGCUAAAGAGGAAUUUGUGAACAUGGGUUACAUAGCAUUAGCCAUGGGAUUCAAGCGCUUCACGUACGUAGAACUAAAAAAAGCAACCAAUAAUUUCAAGCAGGAGAUAGGAAAAGGAGGCUUUGGAACCGUGUAUAAAGGGGUUCUAGAUGACGAAAGAGUUGUAGCUGUGAAGAGACUAGAUGGUGUCUUGCAAGGAGAUGCAGAGUUUUGGGCAGAGGUGAGUGUGAUAGGGAAUAUCAAUCACCGAAACUUGGUUAAACUGUGGGGUUUCUGCGCAGACAAUCAGCAUAAGCUUCUCGUCUAUGAGUACCUUGAGAAUGGAUCAUUGGACAAAAUCUUGUUCUCAGAUGUGGAACUAGGAUUGGAGCAGAGAUACAAGAUUGCGGUAGGCACUGCAAAGGGUUUGUCGUAUUUACACGAGGAGUGCCUUGAGUGGGUGCUCCACUGCGAUGUAAAGCCUCAAAACAUACUGUUAGAUGAUCAGCUUGAACCUAAAGUGGCAGACUUUGGGAUGUCAAAGCUAUUCACAGAUAUCCAUGGCAUCAAAGACAUGCAAGGGAUGGGAUUUUCGAAAGCGCGGGGCACCAGAGGUUAUAUGGCUCCAGAGUGGAUAAUGAACCUGAACAUUGAUUCCAAGGCGGAUGUGUACAGCUAUGGGAUUAUUUUGCUGGAACUGCUGAGUGGAAAGAGCGCUUCGAUUCUCAUUUCAGCGCUUGCCAAAGAGUACAAUGAGUGCAACCAACUGGUUCAAUUUGUGACUGAAAAGAUAAAAAAGGAAGGGCUUAAGCAAGUGAUUGACCCAAGACUACUGCCCGAAUUCGAAUUGAAGAAGCUCGAAAGAUUGAUGAAAGUUGCCCUGUUGUGUGUUCACGAGGACCGCAAUGCAAGGCCAGCCAUGAGUAAGGUUGUCGAGAUUCUGCUUGAAAAUAUUGAGUGAAGGUCAAUUGAAGAUCCAAGAAUAACAGAGGCUGAAGAGUAUACCAAAUAUUAUUUUUGUUUGUAGAAUAAUGUUGCUGCCAAUAGAUUGUAAUCAGAGUAGGAUUCCACCAUGUUGGCUUGCUAAGAAUUUGUUUCGAGUUUCGGUGCAAUAUAUUGUUAUAAACCUCAUAUUCAAUUUUUACACAUUGAAAUCUAAAAGUUUCAGAAUA